UUUUCAAUAUUUUCAAAAUUAGGUACAUUUUAUACAAUAGUUAACUAUUGGAUCGUUAUGUCAAAAAUUUCAAGGACUUUUUUUUUGUAUGACGAAUCCAUUUAGACUACAAAUAUCCCCAAUAGCUUAGGGGCUUACAUAAGUAGAUAACCGAUCAUCCAUGUGCCAAGCGUCAGCAGAGGUAAUCAUCAUUUGUUUUUAGUGAUAAGACAAACCCAAAUCGAUGAGCGGAAUUUCAGUACGUUUUGGCAGAAAACAUCUAAACGCCAGUUGUGAAGAGAAUCUUGUUCUAAUAACAUCGCAUGUGCACUAUAUAUACAUAUGAGAUUUGUACAUUUUUAUUGUCGCGCUGCGUGAUUAUUGCUGAUUAAAAAAUAAUUAUCAAAUUCAAAAUUGUCGAAUCCGCGAUUUCUUACCGUUAAAAACUAUGUCGAGUGCUUUGGGUCGCAUACGUCUUAUAACAUUCGACGUCACUGAUACAUUACUGCAGUAUCGCACAAGACCAGGCAAGCAAUAUGGAGAGAUUGGUGCACUCUUUGGUGUACUCUGUGAUAAUAAUGAGCUUGUACAGAAUUACAAGGCAAACUGGUAUAUGAUGAAUAGAAAAUAUCCAAAUUUUGGACGUAAUUCCCGUAUCAGUUGGCAGCAAUGGUGGCAUCAACUUAUAGGCAAUACCUUCACUGAUAGCGGAUCAUCGAUACCAGACGAGAAAUUAGCGAAUUUAUCCAACCAUCUCAUAGAACUUUAUAAAACAAGUUUGUGUUGGCAGAAUUGUAAUGGCAGUGUAGAUUUAUUAAAUUAUUUGCGCUUGCAACAGCAACUUGCUACAAACCAUAAUGAUGCCGAAGUCGAUGAUAACCGUACCAGGCAUAAGUCGUCGAUAGCUUUAGGUGUCAUAUCAAACUUUGAUCCCCGUUUAGACACUUUAUUACGAAAUCUAAAAAUUAAACAUUAUUUUGAUUUUACACUCAACUCAUAUGAUUGUAAUGUAGAAAAGCCAAACCCGGAAAUUUUCCAUUUAGCUAUGCGUAUGUCCGAGUUGGAGAAUUUAAUGCCAGAAGAAUGCUUACAUAUUGGAGAUGGACCAACUACAGAUUACUUAGCAGCGAAAAAUGUGGGUUGGAAUUCUGUACUAAUACAUGAGCAGAAUGCAAACUACCUCAGGCAAAAAUAUGGCGAUCGAAUAGAGGAUGAAUAUGUUUUUCACAGUUUAUAUGAUUUUCAUAAAAAAUUUUCAAAUAAUUUUAUAAUUUGGUAA